CUGGUGCGUGUCGUUUGUACGCGCGGCUUGCUGUAUUGUUAUUAUUGUAUUUAUUAUUCCCCUCCGUCCGUCAAUGCCUGUACGCGUUGUGGUAUUUGUUGUAAAUUCGCCGCCGAGCGUGUUCGCCGUUGUGUGUUGAUUGUUGUGUACGCGCGUAUCACUCGCGUAGCGUGUGCGUUUAAUUAUUUAUUUCGUGUUGUUUACUUGUGUAUUUAUCUUAUUUUUUGUGUCACUGUGGAAUGAUUGAGAAAAGGUGAGAACACAACGGCCGCUGGUACGCAGUGACCGCAUUUUCCCGCUACGCAGUUCCGAUAUGGCCCCAGGGCUACCUGUUAACGACGACGGUAAUGUCAACAUGACAAGGAAUAGCUGCUAAAAAUACAGGUUACCAUGAAUCCAGAAAUGACUAUGGCCAUGAAAAGACACGAAGAACGGGAGGCUCUGCGAAGCGUUAUCAAGCAAUGGAAUGAUAAUCGAUUGGACUUAUUUGAACUUUCCGAGCCCAAUGAGGAACUUCUCUUUCAUGGUGUAAUGAGGUUCUAUUUCCAAGAGCCCGGCACUGGACAAAAAGUGGCUACCAAGUGUAUUCGCGUUGCUUCAGAUGCUACUUCGCAAGCUGUCAUCGAGACACUUAUCGAAAAGUUUCGACCCGACAUGAGGAUGUUGUCUGUUCCAGAGUACGCCUUGUACGAAAUACACGAAAAUGGAGACGAAAGAAAAUUGGGUGUUGAUGAAAAACCACUGUUAGUACAGUUGAAUUGGCACAAAGAUGACCGCGAAGGUAGAUUUCUGUUGCGACGAAUAGAUGAGGAAACAAAUAUGCCUGCCGGUACGUUCCAAGAAGCAGGAUCUAGUUUUAAGCGUAAACUGUCCAAAAGAGAAAAGAAACAAUUGAAAAAACAAGAAAAACUUAAUCGUGCUAAGAGUCAUGGUUUACCUAAUGAUGAAAACGACCCUGGAGUCGCAGAAAAAUUGUAUACAGAGUUACCAGAAACCAGUUUCACGAGAUCUAUAUCAAAUCCCGAAGCUGUAAUGCGUCGAAGACGUCAACAAAAGUUAGAGCGAAAAUUACAAGCGUUUCGUAGUACAGACGGCGGUCCUGACACUGGCGGUACACUUAAAAUUUAUGGAGAAUCUCUUUGUAGAGAUGUACCAUACAAAACUCUUUUAUUGUCUAUUAGAGACACAGCGCAACAAGUUGUAAAAGAAAUGUUAGCAAAGUAUGGUUUGGAUAAAGUCGAUCCACUUAAUUUUUGCCUCGUACAAGUAAAUAAUGCAGUUAUUCCAACCGAAAAUAAUUCUGGAUUGAAUAACGGCAUUUCCGACAAUAAAGAAAUGAUGAAUAAUAACAAUAGGGAGUACAUAUUAGAUGACGAUGAAUGUCCAUUAGCUAUUCUGAUGAAUCAUCCUCAAACUAGAGGGUCUAUAAUGUUUCAUGUGCGACGGAGGCCGGCUGACUACCACCCUAGAAAACGGAAAAAGAAACCGACUCAAAAAUGGAACCAACAGCAUAGCACAAGCGAAAUGUUAGAAUACCGAUAUGAAGAUGGAUUAGAUAGACUGCCUUUCUUUUUGGAGCUCAAUGCUGAUGGCUUAGAAGUAGUAAAUCCCAAACGAUACCGAAUACACCCUAAUGUAACUGAGGUUGGCUGUGAACGUCAAAAUCAGCCUCAAAGUAAUGCUCAAUGUUUGCAACUUAGUGGUCCAAAUAUACAACCUCGACAUUGUGUUAUUGCGCACACUGAGGGUAUUGUAACUGUAACGCCAUGUAGCCAAAACGCAGAGACUUAUGUUAAUGGACAACGAAUUUUCGAAACUACAAUACUUCAGAAUGGUUCAAUUGUUAAGUUUGGUAGAUUGCACAAUUUUAGAUUUUUAGACCCAUGUUUUGAUGAAAGACCUAGACCGCGUACUAAUUCGUUAAAGAAUGUUCAAGAUUAUUACGAUAGUGGGUCAGUAGAUAACACUGUGGUGCAUUCCUCAGUAAUGCAACAAAAUUUUGAGACAACUUUUGAUGUUGAUGGUAAUAUUGAAACACGUUCCACUUCUAGCCAAGGGAACAAAGAUGACACUAGGUCACAGAGAUCUAUAACGAGUAGUCGAGAUGGCAAUCGAUUAUCUGCUGUAUAUGGUCGUGCCAGUGCUCAAAUAGUCGAUAAUAUUUUACCUUGUGUUCUUGAAGUGCGUGAAGAAACUGAAGAAGCAUGGAUCCAUGCUGUAACCAUGGAUGUGGAUCCAUCAACACUAACAUUUAAACAUGCUCCUGCUUACUGCCUUUAUUUAUUAGCAAGAUAUAGAGCAUCUACAUCAUAUAGACCUGAUGUUACUCCAAUGGAAAGAGCAAACAGACUAUCAUUAACUUUUGCUAAGGUUGCAACAAUUCUUUAUUCAAUGAUACAGGGAAAACAAAAUGACUUGACAAUGUUAUCUUUUUGGCUUGCAAUUGUGACUGAAUUAAGACAGUUUUUGCAUAGCGAUCGCCAUUUGUCAAACUUUUUAAUGGAAACAAUUGAAAUGUUGCAUGACACUCAACAAGCUGCUAUGCGUUUUAUUGUGGAAUGUAUUCUUGAAGAACUCAUGAUAGCAUUACCCGAUCUAUUUGCUGAAAAUAGUGAUGCAGAAAAUGAACAUUUGCCAGCUAAUUCGAUUGUAAGCAAGUUAGGUAUGAUGAUGACUACUCUCAGAGAAGGACGUGUGAAUGCUUCCCUUACCAUUCAAAUUUACAAUCAAGUUUUUCGUUUCAUCAACUCGUGGGCAUUUAAUCGCCUUAUUACUGCAAAUGAUUUAAGUUAUUAUACAAGAGUAUGGGGUGCCCGUUUGAAAUCUCGUAUAGGUCGAUUACAAACAUGGGCUGAAAGACAAGGUUUAGAAGUUACUGCUGAUUGUCAAUUAGCUCUUUUUUCACAGGCAGCUGAUUUACUUAAUGCGCCAAAAUAUACUGGUGAGGAUUUAGCUAGUAUUACAUCUACAUGUUUCAAACUUAAUUCACUUCAAUUAAAAGCAUUAUUAGUGAGGUAUCAACCAGCCCAUGAUGAACCUAGGUUACCACACGAGUUAAUUGACAAUGUUGUUCGGGUUGCAGAAAACUUGGCAGAUGAAUUAGCUCGAUCUGAUGGCCGUGAAAUAAGAUUAGAAGAAGAUGAUGAGCUCAUGAUAACAUUUGUUCAACCUGAGGAAGGAUUUAGCUAUGAAGUUGCCAGAGGAGUACCUCCAGGUUUAAUUGAAUUUAUUCAACCACUUCAACAAGCAGGCAUGUGUCGUCUUACCCUGCAUCCUAAUGCUUCUGGUCAAUGGACCGUCUAUUUUUUACCUAAUGCACGGAGUCCUAGUGCUAUGAGUAAUAGAAGUGGAGGUUAUUCUUUGCAAGCUCCUGAUCCUGAUAUUCAAACUAUUAGAUUACACAAAUCCAACAAUGGAAUGGGAUUAAGUAUUGUAGCUGCAAAAGGUGCUGGUCAAGAAAGAUUGGGUAUUUAUAUUAAAUCUGUUGUAAAAGGUGGUGCUGCAGAUGCUGAUGGAAGACUUCAAGCAGGUGAUCAACUUUUGAAAGUUGAUGGGCAAAGUUUAGUAGGAAUUACUCAAGAAAAAGCUGCUGAAUAUUUAGUUCGUACUGGGCCAAUUGUUACAUUAGAGGUAGCCAAACAAGGUGCAAUACUUCAUGGACUUGCUACACUGCUAUCUCAACCUUCACCUGUAAUGUCAAGAGCACCCCCAUUAUUAGCUUCCAGUGGUAGGGAAAGGCCAAUAUCUGAUUACCAACCCCGCAUGAAGGUCAAUAUCCCUCAAAGCAGUUUGUCAAUGCAUGACAUUCAUGAAUGUAGUGAUGAAGAGGUGAUAACAACUUGGAUGAUGGAAUCAUUAUCUCUAUCAGGUCCUCGACGUAUGAGCGAACGGGAUCUACCAUCUCGUAUAUUGACCGAACAACAGCAAAACAUCGGCUCCAGAGGGCCACCACCUCACCAUCUGUCACAAAUUCAGAGUUCGAAAUCAGUACCUUCUCUUCACAGCGUUGAAGGGACUAGUACAACCAUACCACCUGUAGUAGGUAGACCACCAACUCAGCAUGAAGUAUUUAAUCCCGGAUACAAUCGCACAUCAACAACUUAUAAUCUUCAGCAACAUAAUACACUUAGAUCUCGAUCUAGCCAAAAUCUAAAUGAUUCUCGUCCACAACCUCAAAUGGCUCUUCGUCAACCAUCUAAUCCCAAUCUUUUAAAUGGUAAUUAUCAUUCAGAGCGACCAUCAUCUGUACAUCCAAAUGUGUACCAACCUCAACAGCAUCCAGCUUACCAACAACAUAUACAACAACAAUUAAUGAUGCAACAGCAGUAUAACAGUUCAACACCAGAACCAACUGGUGAACGUUUUUAUCAAAAUGUCAAUCAAUUAUAUAGAAACCAAGAUCAUAAUGGAUAUGGACCAUCAGGAAAAAUGCCAAGUCCUUCUGAUGAAAGGUCUUCAAAUCAACCUCAUAAAAGUUUUAGAGGAUCACAGUCCUCAUUGCAAAACCGACAAAUUGCAGAACCUUCUCAACUUUACAAAGAUAGACCGUCUUCUGCAUAUUUAAGCAAUAAAGAUUCAUAUAAUAUGCAAAAUCAAGGAAUGACAAUAAGAUCACAAUCAUCAAGAGAUAUGUUGCGUCAAGAUGCCAAACUGCAAGAAAUGACUGAAGAAGUACGACGUCGUGAAAUGAGAUGUAGUGGAGUGAUGACUCCUCAACAGCAGCAUGCCACUACUCAAAAACCGCUCAAUCGAAAUCAACCUUAUCAAGGUUAUCAUGAUUCAAAACCUUCAGCAUAUCCUGUAGAUCAAGUAAAACAACAAGAAGGUAUUCGCUCUCCACAAUAUAAUCAACCUAUGAGAGCUACUGUCCCUGAAUCUAUGCCACCAACUUACAGAGAAUCACCACCACCUCCUCCACCUCCUCCUACAUCAACUCAUCCGUUGUAUCAAACAAGUCCCCUACGUAAUGAACCUAAUCGGUAUAUUGCUAGUGGUGGCGAACCUCCUAGAGGUGGUUUCUACCAAAAUUCUAAUGAAUCAUCUAAACAACAAUAUCAGUAUCAAGGUACAAAUCCAUGGCAGAGAGAAGAAAAAGAAAAGGAAGCUGAACGAAGACGAGAAGCUGCUCGAAUGUUCCGUGAUCAACAACUAAGUGAAUUAAUAGCUCUUGGUCCAAAUAGAACGGUGAGUCAAGAAGAACAAUUAAGAGCUCUUAGGUUAGAAAAAGAAUUUGAACGUAGAGCUCAAGAAGAGGGAGAAGAUGAAGAGGAGGAUGAUCAACAAGAAGCUAAUGAAAGAGUGCAACAGCUUAUGAGAAAUGCUCAACAACAAAGUGAUAGAAGAGGCCCAACAAAUAUUUCAAAAACUCCAAAUAAUUAUAAUUACAUGAAUGGUUCAAUUAGAGGUUCACAAUCAACAACACCAUCUAAUGGAGUAAGUAAUGAUGAAAAAGAAAGAUUAAGAAGACUUAAAGAAAUGAAAGCCAAACAAGUUGAAAUGGAAGCCUUAAAAGAAGCAGAAUUGAAACUUAAAAGAAAGGAUGAAGAAUUAAAAUAUCAACAGCAACAACAGCUACUUAAUCAAUCCUACAAUAAUAAUACACUACCCAACAGAUAUAAUCGAUCUGUUAAUCCACCUAAUCAUUUACCAUUAGAUAAUUCUGGUUAUGGUUCACCUCAUGGAACUUUACCAUCACAAAGAUUAGAUAAUUUAGUUGGUGGUUCUAACAAUAAUGAUCCACCACAGCCCCCUGAACGUGGAUCAUCAUUUGCUAUUAUGAGCCAAGUAGAAACUAAAACCCAGUCAAGACUUCAAAAUAACAUAUCUACGCCAAAUGGAAUAACAACACCAAAUGCUAAUACCACUCCAAAACGUGUGUCAUUCCAGGACCCUACUACAAUUCCAACCUCUCCUUCACCACCACUAGAGAAAAUUAUUGAAGACCCAGAUAAUUUUAUUGAUCAAGCAGAGACUAUGUUAGCAUCCCCUCGUAGUCCAGAUGUGCAAUUUACUAGCUCUAACACGCCUGGAGUUAUUGGUGCUCAAGAAGUUUAUAGGGAUCCUAGAGCACGUAUUCAACAUCAAAAACAAAUGUCAAAUAAAACUGGUAGCACUGUACCAGAAAAGCUUAGUUUUAAAGAAAAAAUGAAAAUGUUUGCCAUGGAAACUGGAGAAGACGGUACACCUAAAGACAAAGUGAAGAUAUCAAAGGCUCAAAGAGAAAUUGACAAUUUAGGAUCACCAACUACACCUGUGACUAACUAAUUAAUUUAUUUUGACAAAGUACACACUUAGACAUCCCAUUAAAAUUAAGUAUUAUUUUUUUCUUUGACAAAGAUUUUUUUGAAAUCUUAAAAAUGUAAUUUAUAUAUUUUUAUAAUAUAAUCAUUAUUACAUAUUAUGUUAAAUAGAUACUCUUAUAAUUGUGAUUUAUUGUAGUUAAAUAUAAAAACUAUAGUUUAUUUUCUAUUAUAUCGUUAUAUUGUUGUGAGUAUAGCGUUUAAAUUAUCGUUGAAUAGUUGUAUUUACUUUUUUUUUAAUUUAUUGCUUUGUGUUCAAAAGCAUCACAUAAAACUUUCCAUAAACAGAGCUUCGAACAAUAUUACCCUCUGAACUCUAUUUCUACUUUAAAUAAUCAUUAUUACAUAUAUCAUUAGUACACUUAUCAUAUUGUGUUGUUGAAACAAUCAAAUUUUUCAUUUUUUUUAUCAUAUACAUUUUAUAAGUAUUGUAAAUUAAUUUAGUUAAUUUUUUUAUUUUAUUUUGUUUUGAAAAAUUUAUUUCGGUUUAAAAAAGUUAUUUAUAUGUAUAAAUGUUUUGUUUGUACAUUUUUUUUUUUUAAUGAAACAAAUAUGUUUCUACUUUAUCAAAGUAUUUAAUAUAUAUUAUAUUUAUUAAUUUUUAUUAUUGUAAUUAAAUUAAAUGUAAAAAAAAGUUAUAUGAAAAAACAUAUAUGUAUUAUAUUAUAUAUUUUUUAAAUAUAUCUUUUUUAGUAUUUAUUAUA